AUGUUAUUUGAGCGGAGAAAGUAUAUUUCAUCACUGACGGCUGAAGAAAAGGUGCCUAAGGUCAUGCCUUACAUUCCUUGUCAACAAUUGGAUUGUAAAUGUGCGAGUUGGAAACCCUGUGACAAUGGCGAGGAUACUUACCGCUGUGCACUCUGCGAUCACCAUCAUUGUGGCGACAGCAGCUCUCCUGAGUUCUCUAGUUGGAUUGAAGAUCUUGCAGUGCAGAUGGUAGAAGAUCUUGAAACACUCUUCCUCCUCUGUUCCAACGAGGAAGACCUGGAGACCCGCCAGUUAUACUUCUGCAUGCUCAAGCGCUUGCGAAAGGCUUUAGCUAAUCGGACUCACCCUCAGGUGGACGAUCUGCCUCCCUUUGAACGGCCUAGUAUCUCCACUGCAGUGCGCAAUCUCAUCAUCCAAAAACUCUCCAUCACUCCUAGUGAAGCUCUUAUCUACGUUGAUGCUGGUCGUCUGGUUCUCACCUACCUCAACGGUCACCGAUUGCAGGCGCCAAAGCACCGCAAACAGAAGAAUGAAAACCUCACUGGCUACAGGCUGAUUUACAUGCGUUGGAUGUGCCACUGUUACAUCCCCCUCUUCUGUACAACCUUUCCCUACUUUGAACCCACAGCCGCCUUUGGUAAGAACUUCUUUCUCGCCCUCCUCCCAGAACUAAAGUCGGGUCUCUUGGAGAAAGUACGUGAGGAGAAGACUAAACUGCAGUCGGAACUCUCUGCAUUUAUUUCAGAGCUAGAGCGUGAGGCUCGUCUCCCCAACUCCCCUAUUUGGGACCCAUUUUUCAGACCAUUUUCAGCCUCUGGAAAGCUGGAGGAGUCUGGAAUCCUCUCCAACCCCACCGCUGUCUUUGUUGACUGCAAAGUGGCCAAUACAGAUAUGGAAGAGGAGGAGGGGGAAGAGGAUGAGUCUCAGAACGUCACCUUAAAGGUGGAUAAAGAGGAUGCGGAGGUGGAAGAUGACCUUUUCACUACCCCGAAGCGUAGAUCCGGUUUGAGGAUAAAAAACCAGGCAAUGGUUGAAAACUCAUUCUAUCCAACGAGAAGCACCACGAAAAUGCUUAACACAUCCCUAUUUGGCCUUCGUCGACCCUUGGAGUAUGACUCUACUGCGCCCAGUGGAGCUUCUACUCCGCCGGCCAAGCGAUUGCGUUGCGAGUUCUCCCCCUCAUCCUCCAUCGCGGGAGAAAUAAGUCCACGAGAAUUGGAAGAGGUGGUAAAGGAGCUGGACGCAGAACAGAGUCUUGGGCGGAAUCUACUGCCCUCUCCAACUUUGCGCUCGUUCUUGGCGACUCGUGACGCAGCCGCGCGAAGGGAGGAAUCUGCGGGUACGAUUGAAUUUCACGUAGUGAGUAACAGUUUGAGUCAGCAGCAGGAGCCCUCUACGUACAUUUGGCUUUUGGAGCUUCUCAAUGUCUUUGCCAUUCAACUGCCCCGCAUGCCUAAGGAGUACAUCACCCGUCUCGUCUUUGAUCCAAAGCACAAAAAUCAGGUUCUGUUGAAGGUUUCUGAGAAUGGGGAUCGUCAUGCAAUUGGCGGAAUUACCUUCCGAAUGUUCCCCUCCCAGGGCUUUUCUGAGAUCGUCUUCUGCGCCGUGAUAUUCAAUGAGCAGGUUAAGGGCUAUGGGACACAGAUGAUGAACCACUUGAAAGACUACCAUACGCAGCAUGGAGUUUACCACUUCCUCACCUAUGCAGACGCCUUCGCGACGGGCUACUUUCGAAAGCAAGGGUUUUCGCGGGAAAUUCGCCUGCCCCGCCAAGCCUAUCAGGGCUACAUUAAGGAAUACGAGGGCGCCACUCUCAUGGGCUGUGAGCUCUAUCCCAACGUGGUGUACAAACAGUUCUCCGAGGUCAUUAGCCGUCAGCGUGAGAUAAUCACUCGCAUUAUUGAUCGUCGAAAGCGCGCCCUAGAGACAGUCUACCCGGGCAUUCCGAAUUCUCAGUUUCGACUAGGCCCCAUACCCCUCUCCUCCAUUCCUGGCCUCGUGGAGGCUGGUUGGAGACCAUCUGAUCCCACGGACGAAGAGAAUGACGAGAAGACGGCAACGGCGACAGAUGUGACUGUUACUGCUCCCGAGACUGGCACUACCACCACCGUUUGCGUAGACACUUCUGCAACGACUCCAGGAGAAACACCGGCAACGGAAGCAGCAAUGGCAUUGGGGGAGGCCGCUAGUGCCAGCGAGCCUCUGAGCAUUCAGGUAACUCCUCAGUCUCCCCCCCUCGAGGGGGAAGAGGGCCUCCUACCCCCGCAGUUGCCACCACCGCCACCUGCGCAGGUCAGGCAGCCAAGCUGUCGACGGACAAGGCUCUCUGUGUCUACUUCUCGUGGUGGCAAUGAUAGUACUGACGAUGAUACGAUUGCCAGACGCACAAGGGCUAGUUCUGGAAAAUCGACCCACGUAAAUGAUAAUCAAGUCCCUGCGUUUACUUCCCGAUCCUCUCCACCACUGGUGGCAACAACAUCGACGGCACCGACAUUAGUAGAGAAAGCGCGACAGAGGGAGGAGAUGCGACUCUUCAACGAAUCCGUAGAUGCCCUGGCAGAACGCCUUCGUCCUGUCCUCGAAGCCGUGAAGGCACACAAGUUUGCCGGUCCUUUUCUUGCUCCAGUCACUGCUGCUGAGGCUCCUGGGUACUUCAGCAUCAUCACUUUUCCUAUCGAAUAUAGAAGCAAGCUACACCAGCUGCACAAACCACAAGACUCGAUCCGUCACGAUUUUAUGUACUUGGAGAACCAGUCGUCAUUAGAGGGCUCGAGAUUUGAGUAUUUGCCGGGUCGACGCGAUGUUGACAAGGUGAUCUGUCUUAUUCAGGGUGGAUUCACCGGUGCUUCUGCCAAUAUGGUGCCUGGCAUGUACUAUAAACGAGUAGAAGGGGCCAAGUGGGACAUGAACAGAGUCUCUUACUACCAGCAUGGAGAUUUGCGCACAAUGACGGAGCGCCUGCGAAGUCGGUACUACACCCACGUGGACCUCUUCAUUGCUGACAUGCGACGAAUGUUCCACAACUGUCGAACUUACAACCACCCCGACUCAGACCUCUACCGUCAUGUCGCCUCCCUCGAUGCUCUCUUCACGCGAAAGAUGCGCGAAGCAAAUCUUUGGGACAAUCCACCCUCACCCUUGCCUCCUCCCUAG